GGGGAGGCAAACCUCACUUUAGCAUCAACCAAUUGGUUGCAAGCUGUAAAUAUGCUCUCUUCCUUGGUGGAGUUGCAUUUGCCUUAUUGUGAUCUCCAUGACCUCCUAACCUUUCUUCUUGUUGUGAACUUUAGUUUUAUUAUGGUCAUCAAUCUUCGAAGUAAUAAUUUCAAUUCACCCUUACCUAGGUGGUUGUUGAAUAUUAGUACUUUUGUUGAGCUUGAUUUGUCCCAUUGUGGAAUUAAGGACUCUCUAAACAAUGUUGAUGCUUGGGAAAACCUCUACCUUUUACAUUCUUUAGCUCUAUCUAGCAAUGAAAUGGAUGGAGAAAUAGUCAAGCUAGUGGAGAGUUUGUCAAAAUGCAGAAACAAUAGUUUGGAAGAAUUGGAUCUGUCUUCCAAUGACUUCAAUGGGUUGAUACCUAAAUCUUUGCAAAAUCUUAACAACAUGAGCCUUCUGCUAGCAGCCAACAGCCUCCUCCCCAAACCAGCCGGCAGCCACAAGCCCUGCACCCCUGCACCAGUCUUGCUCUGCACCCAAGCCUGCAACCUCCUACGCCCAGCCCAGAUCGUCUGCACCGAAUCAGCCUCCACCCUCCUCUGCAUCAAUCUCCUGCUUCCUCUCCCCUCUGCAUCAAUCUCCAGCUUCCUCUCCUCCCUGCACAGCCCAGAUCCUCUGCACCGAAUCAGCACUCAUCACCCCCCCUCUGCACCAACCCAGCCCCUCCUCUGUGCCCCCCUGCACACCGUGCCUCGCCCCCAAUCCCGCGCCUCUGCACUCCUGCUUGCUACAGCCCCAUCAUUGCCUCACGUGCAGAAAAGACAGUGAAUACCGGACAAAUUGGCAUCCUCAGAGAAAAUUUUUUUUUUGUUAUUUUAUUUUUAUUUUAUUAUUUUGUUUGGGUAUAUAUAGAGAAAAAAAAAAUCAGAUUAGAGAGGGGUUGGUUUUUGGUUGAUUUUGGGUCUGUUUGCUGAGAGUCUCGUCUGAGUUUUUGAGAGCAAUAGAAGGGGAUUUAGUGGAGAAGAAAGGGGGCAACAACGGCUUUCAAGAAGAAGGAUCACCGAGCUUCCAGAGGAGCUUCAUUUUCUGGAUUUCAUUGCUGAAGGUGUUAUCUGAAACAUAGGGGUUUUUGGAAUGGUAGUGAAGGGGAUGAUAGGAGCCUGGUCCCGUGGGUGGGAUCCCUCCCAUCAAACCUGGAUUUACCUUCUUAAAACUCCACUGUGUGUGUUUCUGUUAUUUUGUUGAUCUUGUUGAUUUUUGUAUAUGGUUAUUGAAAAAUGAGUGAGAAAUAAAGUCUAUUUAGUUUA